UUUAUCGACAAGUAAACAAACUGGGUUGUUCGAUGACUGGCGGUCCAUUUUGGAUUGGAGCUUUUUUGGGAUGACCGUGUAAAUGGUGAUAAUUUGUUUGUAUAAACUUACAGCUGAACGCACUCGAAAAUACGGCCCGCAGCAUCUCGAGAGGUAGAAGCAUAAGGAUGGAGUCUAUGCAAAACAACAACAGGACGAAAUCGUGGACGGAUGAUCUUAAAGUGUGCAAUCAGACGGGUGUGGGGGAAGCCAUAAAUCAAAUUUAUAAGAACGAUGGCCGUCGAUGCGAGGGCUAUGAAUCGCGUGACAAGAAAUGUCUUUGCAUAUCGGACAACACCUCCCUCUAUGCAAUACUGUCUGGUCACAAUGGUGUGACGGUUGCCGAAAAUGCGCUUCAGGAAAUCGCUGCCGAACUGUUGCUGGGUCCGUUAAACUCCUGCAACACGGACGAAGCAGUCAAGGACCUCAUCCGCCAAUCGUUGAUGUCGGUGGAAAAGAGUUACUUUGACUCGAUUAACCCGCACGUGGCCACGAAGACCGCUAUUCAGUUUCACCUCUCGGAGGACGGCAUGAAUCAGUACGAAAUAUCGCAACAGUUUGAAAAUGUGCUGCAGAAACUCGACUCACUUAAUAUCGCGCUGUCCGUCGGUAGCAGUGCGGUGCUGGGAUUUAUUCACCAGUCGCAGCUGUACCUGUGCAACAUUGGCAAUUGUCGGGCGCUGCUAUGCAAAACGGAUGAGCACGAUACGCUGACGGUGACGCAGCUAAGCGUUGAUCAUAAUUUGCUUAACGCCGAGGAAGCGGCUCGCCUGUUUCGACUGGGGCUGAUGGCGCAAAACUUCGAAGGAGUUCCAUUGUACAGUACACGGUGCAUCGGUAACUAUCUUGGCAAGGCGGGCUACAAAGAUUGCAACUUCCUGUCGAGUGCUUCCGCCGAACCGGUAAUUUUCGAGCCUGAGAUCGUUGGAGGUAUACAGAUUACACCGGCCUGUCGGUUUCUGGUACUGAUGUCGAGUGGGCUUUGUCGCGCAUUGGCUGACAUUUUCCCCGGCGACGUAUCGACGGGUAACCGGGAGCUAGUGCGUAUGAUUUCGGAAGAGUUUCAAAACCAAUCUACACUCGGUGGGGUCGCCCAGUCGGUGGUACAUCGCAUCGUGCAGGCGCAUCACGAUACGUACAUGCAGCUAGUCGAGGAGCAUAAGCCCCUUACGUUCAACAGCCGGGACGAUGUGACUUUGCUGAUACGAAACUUUAACUAUUCACUACCGAAGGCUUUUGUGAAUCGCAAGAACGGGAAUCGUAGCUUAAACUCCACCACAUCGUUCAGCUCUACCAGCUCGGAUGCAACGCCUACGGAUGGAAACUAUUCUACCAUUCAUACCAACAUAUCGGUGACGAGUUCAAAUAUCUCGCAACCCGGCGGUAAUCCUUAUGACACGAAUCUACGCAUUCGUCCGCACGUUGAUUUUAGCGAUUUUUACAAACGUGUUGAGGAGGCCCGAAAAUGUGGCACUUUACCGCCAAACAUAGAGUUUGAUUAACAUCCGUGUGUUAAAGCUUUAUUGUUUUAUUAUUUUAACCAUACAUGAAGUUAACCAGAGUUGCAACAAUGAAGUUGUUCUAUUACAACAAAUAUAUUUAAAAAAAUGUAAAAUAAUCGGAACAAUCUUUCCAAUAUCCCAUGUUUUCUAGACUAGAGCUUUAUGCCGUCGGUUGCCCUUUAUAUUUAAUUAAAUAUAAUUUAAAAAAAACGCUCAAA